AUGGCGGCCACUCUGUUCACGAACGGCAAGUUCUUCACGGCUUCGGAAGGCAAUGGAAACGACGACGAUGCCAUGUUCCACGAGUGCAUGCUUGUUGAAAAUGGCACAAUCGAAUAUGUCGGCCGUGACGACGCCGAUAUCCGAGCGGCAGCUGCUUCGAAAGGCGCCGCAGUGCGGGAUCUUGAUGGCAGCCAUGUUCUCCCCGGCUUCAUUGACGGCCAUGUACAUGCUCUCCUGCUAGGCCAGUCCCUACAGCGGCUGAGCUUGGAAAGAUGCCAAAGUCUACUGGAGAUCCGAGAGAUGAUCAAGGCCUACACGACAGCACACCCCGAUGCGCCUCGCAUCCUGUGUGGCGGCUGGAUGGAGUUUAUGACGAAUGGAAAGGCAGAUGUUUUCAUGCUAGAUGAUCUAGAUCCGCGGCCCAUAUACAUUGUCUCGAGAGAUUUGCACUCAUGUUGGUGCAACACAGCAGCUAUCGAGGAGAUGGGUCUGGAAUCAGCACCCAAUCCCGUCGGAGGGACCAUCCAUCGUGAUGCCCAGGGCAGAGCGCUCGGCCUUCUCAGCGAGGCCGCCUGCACCCUUAUCGUAUGGCCGCAUUUGGCACAGAUUGCCUCGCCCGAUGAACGGACUGGGGCAAUGCGAGAUGCGAUCAAGGCCCUCCACGCUGUUGGCUGCACCGGAUGUGUCGAAAUGGCCAUGGACGACAUUGCCUGGGAUGCACUGCAGACGGUCCGCGCGGAAAUGGGUGGCCAGCUCCCUCUGCAUAUUGCGGCUCAUUGGCUCAUUCGACCUACGGAUUCCACAGAUGGCGAGUUAGAAGAGCUAAGUCGAGCAAUCGCUCUAAGUCAACGCUUCAAUGCUUCAAUCUCACCAGACUUCCGCAUCGUUGGCAUUAAAAUCAUGUGCGACGGCGUUGUCGAUUCGUGCACGGCCGCUUUGAUAGAGCCUUACUGCACAACAGGCGUGUCGACUGAUCCCAUCUGGACUCCCGAAGCCCUUGGGGCGGUCGUUCGCAGAGCAGACCGAGCCGGCCUACAGUGUGCCCUCCAUGCCAUUGGAGAUGCCGCUGCUAAGCUUGCCAUCGACGCGCUGUCAGAACAUGGCACCCUAGGUCGCCGCCAUCGCAUUGAGCACCUUGAGCUGACGAGCCCUGGUGACGGUGCACGGUUGGCCGCUGCGGGCAUCACGGCAUCCAUCCAGCCCGCUCACGCUGAUCCGGCUCUUCUCAAGGCCUGGCCGGGACUCUUGGGUACGGCCCGCUGCGGGCGAGCGUUUGCAUACGGCGAUUUUGCAGCCUCGGGCGCCACCAUCUCCAUCGGUUCGGAUUCUCCUACAGCGCCCUGGGACGUUUUGCGAAACCUCUACACGGCGACGACUCGACGAUCUGUGCGUGAUAAGGACUACCGAACAGUUGUGAAUCCCGAUUUUGCCCUCUCCCUAUGCCAAGCCAUGCAGGGCGCUACUCGUGGAAGCGCAUACUCUUGCUUUGCUGAAGGAUGGACCGGAAGUCUAGCGAAGGGAUUGCAGGCGGAUUUCGCUGUCGUGAAUAUGGAGUGGACACCGGAGUCGUUGCUCAAGGCCCAAGUGCGGGAGACGUGGUAUAAGGGGAAGAGGGUGUACGAUGCUGCCAAGACUGCGUGA